GCUAAGCCCGCUCAAGUUAGUUCAAAGGCUCUCGGAGAGUAGCGCAACUGUCUAACUUUGCCCGCGGUGGGAGAGACAGCGCUUGCAGUCAUUGCAAUCCUCGACACAUCAAGCAGUUUCUCAUUGUAGCGCAUGGUGCCUCACGUACUGACCAGGCACUAUCUCUGAUGAGUCUCAUUGCAAGCUUUGGCUGUGUAGUCACCUUGUUUGACGAGGCUUCUUUCACCCGUCGAGAACUUCGACCAACCGGCAACUUCCUACAGGUCAUCUUAAAUUAAUACUAAUGCAUCGUACUUAAGUAAUUGUAUCGCUCCGUUCAAGACUUGCGGGCAGGCGCAUUCUAAGUACCGAUAUUAUUCUGAUAUGUCUUCCUUAUCUGUGCCAGACAUGACGAAGUUGCAGAUGGUCAAGAGGUCAAGGAAAUAUUUGUCUGUUCGCGAAUGUUGUUCUGACCACUCCCCACAGGUGCGAUGGACCUGGUUCAAACCAUGGGACGUAAUUCGUGUCAUAUUCGUCAUUUCUCGAUAUUUGCCUUUCGCAGACGCAUUACGUGCCAGCGAUCAGUGUGCCGAUACUGUGGAAGGAUAUAUUAAUCUCACUUCCUUGGCAGCCUUGCUGGUUAUUCGGACCUGGGCAUUCUGGCAAAAGAGUAAAAGAUUGCUGAUCGGAUUAUUCGCCGCCGCCAUUGCUGUAGACCUCGACCCUGCAGUGUUGAUUCCAGGAGGAUGUUACUUCGAGAGCACACGCAACUCUGCAGUAGUAUACAUGUUCUUGGCGAUGUUUGAAAGUGGUCAAGGAUUCCGUGACUAUAAAGACCUUCAGAGCAGAAUUGUAGUAACCUUGUACCAUGAUGGCAUGUUUUACAUGUUGUGCAUCCUCGCCAUCACACUCGCCAAUGCUAUCAUCGGAGCUGCACUUCCAAUCGCCUAUAGCAAUUUGUUUGACUCGCUACAGCUGGUCAGUCAUAGUGUUCUGGCAUCACGAAUUCUAUUCCGCAUUCGGCGUAACCACGAACGUGUCCACGAACCGUCCAUUUCAGUAACGACAUUAGACACUGCGAACUAUUUACGACCUUCGUCAAUGUCGAUGGGUAGGAUAGGUACUACCAGUGGAGGUCAGGGAAUAUAG